AUGACAGCCAAAGAGCGCCAAGCUCUGGAAGCUCUCAAAGAUCCCCUGACCUUUCCACCUAACAUUGACGAGGACUCCGAAGAUUUCAAUAUCAACGAUAUAUGUGAUGGUGCCGACACACUCUCUAUUAGCCAUGCCAGGGGGGAGUUUGGAGACCUUGUGAGAGGUGUUCUUGGUGAGGUUUGGAGAUUAAAGGGUCGAGAUGGUGCUCGCAGGGCUCAAUGUGUUGACAAUUGCAUGCGGCAUGAUCGUGUUCUAUGGAGAAAUGAUGCUUUCAAUGAGCAAAUACAAGGGAUGACUGAAGCAUACCUUAUAUGGAGCCUGGAGAAAUCACAGAAGGGCUUUAAGAAUUUUUUGGAUCACCUAUGCAGCGAAGGGACUGAUGAUGUUAAUGGUGGCCAAUGGCCAGUAACUGUAGUAGACACGUUAUUUGCUGAGAAAUUCAUACUCAAAAUAUCAUCGACCAACAUUACCAUUGCUUCUGCGCUCGUUCAUCAAGGCAUUAUGCCUUGCUCCCCAAUAUCGCCUGUCAUGGGCAUAACAUCAGAAGCCCUUGAAUUAUAUCGGGUAGUGCACCUCAGGAGCCCUCACUUAUCAAUUCAAGCUUUUAUUAAGACUAUAUGUGAUUUACUUGGGGUUGAAUUCCAACGACAACUCUCACGUCAAUUUUCAUCUUCUGUAGGUGCAGAUACUCAAGAGGACCUAGAUGAAGAGGAGGUGGCAGAGGAGGUGGCAGAGGAAGCCUUGAGGAGUUUGCAGGACAUCAUCCUCAUCACUGAUGACUUCUUGUGGCUUCAGGUUCUUGAUGAUGGUGAGGGAGAGGAGUAG